UUUAUUUGAUCAGCAAGAAAUCCCGAAACUCUGAAAAAUAGUAAUUUCCGAAUAAAUUCACUGAAGAGCUGGCAGGCUUGCUAUAGUGGUAAUACAUUUGUUUAUUACACUUGAACAAGCUUUAAUUCGUGACUCUACGUUUUACAAUAACCACACAAAGUAGACUGACAAAGUAGUAUGAAACUUAAGCGCCUGUUUCAGCUGGAACGGAAAUAUAGCAGCCAAUCACGUAUGAUCGGUGUUUAUACCUGAGCGGAACCAUCUCUUCUAGGCACGUCUUUCGAUCAUAGUUAGCUACAGGCGCUGUUUUCAAACUUACAUUCUGAGCUACAUUAAUGCCAUUCCUGAUGGAUCCUACUAGUGAAACGUUAAGAAGAAUCGUCUUUAAUUCACCUUUAGAUGCAAUAUCGUGGCUACAAACGGAGAGACUCCUUGCUAGAGAAACGUCGUGCGCUCAUCACGACCCGCCUAUUCCAAUGAGACUAACAGAGUGUCCAGACCGUUCCGACGGCUACAAGUGGCGAUGCCCAACUUGCCACAGAAGAACCUCUGUGAGGAUGGGAUCCUUCUUUGGGGAAUUCCCAAGGAUACGCCUUGCUACUAUGGUAGAGGCGAUUCACCACUGGGCGAAAAAAAUAAAGCAGAAGACAUCUGCAGAGAUGCUUGGAAUAAGCGAGCGAGUUGUAGGGAAGAUAUCGUCACGUCUGAGGGAUAUCUGCGCCGAGGACUUAAGACGACGCCCUGUUAUUCCUUUUGGUGGGCCAGGCAUCAUUUGCGAGAUUGAUGAGAGCUUAUUCAACCACAAAGCAAAGUACAACCGCGGGAGACGACCGGCAGAUGCCAAUUGGGUGUUCGGAGUACUCUCCACAGAACAUUUCCCUUCAAGAGGCUACUUCCGGGUGGUACAGAGAAGGGAUGCAGCGACACUCUUGCCAAUCAUCGAACAGGCGCUGCUGCCUGGCUCGACUGUACACACGGAUGACUGGGCAGCAUACCGUCAACUACAGGCCCGAUUGCCAAAUGUGGUAGCGGACCACGGGGUUGUUGUACACCGGUAUAAUUUUGUCGACCCAAUUACCGGUGUACACACCCAACACGUGGAGUCUGCAUGGAACCGCCUCAAAAGUGUUAUCAAAGAGCGGCGGGGUGUGAGGCGGGUAGACUUGCAGAGUUUCCUGGACGAGCAGUGCUGGAGAGACUGGCGCACCUCCAACAGGAGAAUAUUCUAUCCUCUUCUAAGCGUUUUGCGUUUACAUUUUCCUCUCUAAUAACUAAUAAACAUUUCAAGAACGAAUCAUCUACAAUAAAGUAUUGAAGCUUAAA